AUGGCUGAAUUCUUUCAAAGUGCUACAAGAUUGAGCAGUGGAGGUAAUAAAUUUGGGAUUGACUUCUACCAACAUACUCAAUGGAGGGUUGGCCUAGGAGCUUUUUUCGAAACUAACCUUCGAGGUAAUAAAGUAGAGGAGUUUAUGAUGAAUGUUUUUAUUGGUUGGGAGUACUAUACCAGUUCAUUUUGUGAGGGUAGAUUGUUGCUGGUUUGGCAUCCUGGGUUUGUCUCUAUAACUAUUCUUCAGGUUACACUGCAAUUUAUGCACUGUCAAGUGAAUUUUAGGGAUAGCAAUCAGCCUUGGCUUAUGGCUGGUGAUUUCAAUGCAGUGUUUGACUAUGAUGAUCGAAUUGGAGGGUGUAUUAUUACUGAGUUCGAAAUGGCUAAUGCUCAACAGUGGAGAGCUCUUGGUUUGGCGGAUGAGAUGCGAUCUAUUGGUUCUCGCUACACUUGGACUAAUAAUCAGGAGGCUGGGGCCAGAAUUUUCUCUAAGUUGGAAAGAGUGUUUAAGAAUAAAUCUUGGAUGGACAUAUUUUAUAACAUGUGGACCGAUCAUAUUGACUUCAGAAAUGUUGUGUUGAGUAGCUGGUAUAAACCUUUACAUGCUCAAGGUUUAUCCUGUAUUAUGAGGAAACUGGAUAGACUUAAGCAUGUGUUGCGUAAGUUCAAUAAAGAGGCAAUUGGAGAUGUGACGAUUAAUUUUUUAGUUGCUAAGGAACAGUUUCAGAUUUAUGAAAGUUUCAUUAGGCAGAGGAGCAAAAUUACUUGGCUUCGCUUUGGCGACGAAAAUUCUGCCUAUUUUCAUGCGUGUUUGAAGCAGAGAAGAGUUGCUAAUAGGAUCACUUCGUUUAUUGAUGAUCUUGGUCAGAUUCAUGAUAAUUUUGAGUAUGUUGUUAGUCACUUUAUUCAUCAUUUUAGAAGCAUUAUGGGUAGUUCUAGCUCAGCUUCCACUGAUAUUCAGCAGACUUGUUUUGUUUGUGGUGCUAUCUUAAAUUUGGACCAGCAACUGGGUCUGUUAAAGCCUUUCAAAAAGAAAGAUGUGAAAGCUGCUUUGUUUCAUAUCAACUGUGUUAAAAGUCCAGGUCCGGAUGGUUUUAGUGCUGGUUUCUAUAAGUUCUUAUGGAAGGAUAUUGGAGAUGAAAUUUCGAAUGUUAUUUUGGGGUUCUUUGAAAAAGGUGAGCUGGCUAAUGAGAUAAAUAAUACUACUCUUUCACUCAUUCCCAAAGUGGAGAAUCCUUCUAAGGCAGUGGAUUUUAGACUGAUUGCUUGCAGUAAUACACUUUAUAAGUGUAUCUCGAAAAUGAUUUGCAUGAGAUUGGCUAGGGUGUUACCAGUUUUAAUUAACCAAAAUCAGGGUGCUUUUGUCCAGAAUCGGUCUUUGGCUCAUAAUAUCUUUAUUUUUCAGGAUCUUAUUAAAGGUUACAAUCGUAGGAAUAUUUCCCCUCGGUGUGUUUUGAAGAUAGAUUUGAGUAAAGCAUAUGAUACUAUUGACUGGCUGUUCUUAGAAAACCUUUUGAAAGCAUUUUGUUUUCCUAGUAAGUUUAUUCAUAGGAUUAUGUUAUGUCUGAGGGGAACUACCUACUCACUUAUGUUGAAUGGAAGGAUUCAAGGGAAGUUUAUUAGGAAAAAAGGGCUUAGACAAGGGGAUGCUAUAUCUCCCUUAUUAUUUGUUCUUGUUAUGGAAUAUCUUACUAGACUCCUUAUUCAAGCAUUGCAUCAUAAGGAUUUCAGAUUUCAUCCCAUGUGUAAAAAUCUGAAUUUGGUUAGUCUGUGUUUUGCUGAAGAUCUUGUGAUGUUCUUGAAAGGGAAUGUUCGCUCUGUCCAAAUUCUUCAGGAUGGUAUUUCUCAGUUUAGUAGAGCUUCAGGUUUAGCUUUGAAGUAUCCCGGUAUCCCUCUCCAUCCUAGAAAGUGGAAGGCUGGUGACUGUGGAAUUAUCAUAAAAAAGAUACAUCUUCGGUUGCAUUCUUGGGUUUUGAAUAAGAUUGCUGAUUGGUUGGGAAUUUCUAUAUGGCCUUCCAAAUUCUGUGAUUGGAUUGCUUGGAUGGAUGGGCGGCCUAAAGGUCUUUCUCAGCGAAUCUUGGCCGCUGCUCCUGCUGCUAUUGUCUAUUUCAUAUGGCUAAAUCGUAACUCAUGUAUUUUUAAUUAUGCAGCUAUUUCUAGUAAUAGGAUUCUUUGUCUGAUUAAGGCUAGCUUAAAAGCUAGAUUGAUGGGUUUUGCUAGGAAGAAGCUGGGAAUUCUUGAGAAGACUUUUCUUGAAUCUAUGAAUCAGUUGUAA